AUGGCAACAUUUAUGGAACGACUAUCCUUUCUCCAAAAUGUGCCCAUGCUAAUGAAAGCCACAGCAGAUGAUGACAGCCCUUGUCCUGGAUACCUCUUUCAAGAAAUUGGCAAAAUAUCUCAUGUGUCUUUAGGGUAUGGUCAGUGUUUGCUCGAGUAUCUUCUGGAGAGGCUGCAGGUGAAAUCAUGUCACGUUAAACUCAAGGUGCUGAAGAUCUUUGUGCAUCUUUGUGACCACGGGUCAAACCAUUUUCUCACAGAAUUAAGGAGAAACUCUACUUUCAUCCAGCAAGCCUCAGUGUACAGUGGUCCUCCUGACCCCAUCCACGACACUGCUCUGUAUCAAAGAGUACGCAAUACUGCUCAGGAGGUGGCAAGACUUCUAUUCACUGACACGACUGCUCUGAAGAAUAGUUCCCCUGCAGCGCCGGUAGUUCAUCAAACAAUGGGCAUGGGCUCAGCCGCUGCCCACACAUUAGGCAUGCAGGGGUUUGGGAACAGUCCAGACAAACAGGGCUCUGGGAAUGAUUCACUCUUGGACAAGAUUCAGAAAGCUGCAGAAGUUGUGGCCAGUGCUGUUCUUCCUCCAACAGAGCUCCAAGGCAUCCGUCUCUAUGACAACCAUUAUCGUGCUGUUGUGGCUCCAUCAGCGUCCAUAGAAGUGGCUGUACCGGCAUGUUCCUACAGCCUGGCUGCACAAAAAUCCAAAGUGACCCAGCGCUGCCCUGGGCAGAUCGGAGGCGGCUGGGAAGACACAGACAGCACCAACUGUUCAUCUCAUAAUUCCUCUCAAGACGUUUCAGCUCAUUUCAGAGGAUCUACAGGAAGAGGCUCUGCAGGCACAGGCAGCCAGUCAGGAGCGAGCAGAGAGAGCAGUGCAGAUCUAUCUGAGAGGGUGGAAGGCCUGCAGAUCGGCGACUGUGGCCAGGAGAUGGCCCUGAUCAGCACAGUCACUGAGGGCACCAGGGUUUUCUUAUCACGAGAGGAAGGCCAGCACUUCAUCAAAGAGUCGUCCACUUUAAACUGUGAGGUGCUGGUUGACCUUCUUUCCAAGAAACUCCAAGAUCCCUCAGGCACAAUUAAAAUGCGGACAAUGUGUGCUUUAGCAUGCCUCAUGACCUCGGACCUCAUUUCACUGGAACAAAUAUUUGCAGUUACACAGAGCAGGCUUUAUCUGCUGAGUGAGGGGCCCCCUGGAGCUGUGGCCAACAAAGCCACCAAGCUCCUGCGACAGUUCGAGGCUUUGACUCGUGGAUCUCAGCCAAUGCAACAACAUCCAAGAAGCGCCCAUCAUACAUCUGAUCUCACAUCUCCAAGUCCUGAGUCUGUGGACUUCACAGUCGUCACAGUCGCUCAGCAGGACACCGAUGGAGCAGAUGUUCAAAGCCACGGCUGCUCUGUGCCCUCGGAGUCUCACUCUGACAGACUGUCGCUGUUCUCUGGGAUGGAGCUUGUGACAAAGUCCUGUCAGACUCAGGAGGACGCCUUGGACGCCAUCUUCAAUGUGUCGCUGAAGGAGAACACAGAGCAUUGCUUGACCAGUCUAACAGAAGAGAACUCACAUUUAGAUUUGACUUCAGUUUCUUCUGGAGUCACCGAAACAAUGUCUGCCUUUUCAUUUCUCAACUCUUGA